UAAGUGUAACCUGUCACCUAUUUUCACAAAACCACCUGACAUUUGUCGUUGUUUUUAUAUAUUUUUUUUUUUAUUUUUAUGGCCAAACAAAUAAAUUAUGUCUGUGGAAUUAAAUAUUUUAACUCUUAACGUAUGGGGUAUACCUUAUAUAUCAGAUGAUCGAGAGACACGUAUAAAUUCUAUUAGCACCGAAUUGUCUAGUGGCAAAUAUGAUAUCGUUAGUUUACAGGAAGUUUGGUCACAAAAUGAUUACAACUCAAUUAAACAGAAUCUCGAAACUGUUCUUCCAUUCUCGCAUUAUUUUUACAGUGGUGUCAUGGGAGCUGGUUUGUGUGUCCUUUCCAAAUAUCCCAUAAUCGGAGCAUUGUUUCAUGCUUGGUCAGUUAAUGGAUACUUUCACCGAAUACAACAUGCUGAUUGGUUCGGUGGAAAGGGUGUUGGGCUUUGCAAGAUCCUAGUGAAUGGACACCUUGUUCAUCUUUAUAAUGCUCAUUUACAUGCAGAAUAUGAUAUCGAGAAUGAUGAAUACAAGACACAUCGAGUCAUUCAGGCAUUUGAUACAGCUCAAUUCAUUGAAGAAACUCGUGGUAAUUCUAUUCUACAAAUACUAGCCGGAGACUUAAAUACCCAACCUCAAGAUAUUUCCUACAAAGUUCUACUUUACAAUUCAAAAAUGAUAGACUCCUGCCCGGACGAGAAUAUCGGCACAAAUGAGUGCAAACACAAUUCAUACACACCAAAAAUGCUGGCUGAGAAAAAUCCGAUAGGAAUUCGAAUUGAUCACAUUUUCAUUCGAAGUUCAGAUCUCUAUGAUGCACAGAUUGUCGAGUACUCUCUUCCGCUGCCCGAGCGAAUACCAGACAUGAAAAUAAGUUAUUCCGAUCACGAGGCUGUGAUGACCAAAAUAAAACUUACUUCCAAACAAUGCUCAAGCGAUAAAUUGGUGGAUGAUAAAAAUGGCUAUUGCCAAAAACAAAACCCAUUAGAAUUAUCCGAGUUGAAGACUAUUACAGUUCUGCAAGAGUGUGUGCAUUUGUGUGAGACAAGCUUGCAUAAACUCAAGACCGAUCGCAUUUUAUAUUUUAGCAUAGCGAUAUUUGUAACGUUUUUACUUUUGGCUCUAGUUGAUUAUUCAGUGCCCGUUGGAUUCAAGACAUUGUAUCUUUUGCUUAAAUUUAUUCUAUUUGGAAUUGUUUUGUUUGCAUUGUUUAUGGGGACAUUGUGGAAUUAUAUAGAGCGAAAUGGUAUUUUGUCGGGAAAAACUUCCAUGGAAAUCAAGUUGCUGAGGCUGGAAGAGUUGGAACUAGAAUUUAAUUAAUAUCACAUUUAUUAUGAUGACACCCAUAAUUCCAUAAACAUAAGUAAAUAAAAUAUAGUGUGUGCUUCGU